ACACACACACACACACACACACACACACACGGGACGCAGAACAGGAGCUGAGCAGCAGGACACGCUCAGGUCGGGAUAUUUACAGUCAUGCUUCUACGCGUGGUUUCCCUUUGAGAUAAUUCUCUUUAUAGGAAUAUUAUUGCCUCUAAGGGUUAAGUAAACAACUGACCAGCAUACUUCCUCCUCGCCAUUCUGUCCUCCAAGAUGUUCAGAGCUCCAUUCAUCACAGUUUGUGUUGGACUCCUUUUUAUUUUUAGCAGCAAGGCUAAGCCAAAUGGCAAAGACAAGAAGGCAAAACAAGUUGUGCCAGAUAUAGAAUGCGAUGUCCGUGCAGGGAAGGUCACGUUUCCAGAAUUCAUUGUUCGGUGCCCUUCCAGUUGCCGUGAGUCCAAGGAGAAGGUUUAUGGGACAAGUGUCUUUGCCUCCAUAUCCAGCAUCUGCAAUGCUGCUAUUCACAAUGGGGUUAUUACGAAUUCUGGAGGAAAGGUGAUCGUAAAGAAGAUGGCAGGACAAGCUCAGUAUAAAGGCAGUUUUGCAAACGGUAUCCGUUCACUGUCGCUCCCCACCUGGAGAGAGUCUUUCACUGUUUCAGUGGGCAAACCACAAAAAGGUGUGAUCUACCCUUCUACCCUGGAAUAUUCUUCUUCAAAAUCUACCACAGUAACAAACAGUCAGCCAGCAACUCCGGAGCCAACGACAACCAUUCUCAAGCCAACCACCACUACCACAACCACAACUCCACCUCCAACCACGACCACCACAACUACGACCACCACCACUGCUAAGUCACGGCCAGUAUAUAGAGUCAGAGAUGCCGGCAACAGUCACCCAUACCUUGCUGCAGCAGCUGGUGCAAGACAGACACAGAAUGCCCAAGCAAAGGUGCUUUCUCAAGCAUUCAGAGGUGGCUCGACCUUUGCAGGUAGAUUCUCACCUCGUACCAAUACAGGUUUACAAAGACCAGGGUCAAGUCCCAGUAUUAGGAGACAAUCAUCAGUUCCUACUAACUCAGCUUUCAGUCGGGUACAGCCGGUCCAGCCAGAGAGGAACCAGCAUACUGUCAACACCAAUCCUGUCCUUGCUCGGAGAAAAUGGACACAUCCUGCCUACGCCCAACCCGAUUGGUUUUCUGGUCCAAGGAGACCAACAGAUAGUAGUAACUCUGAGCCAGACACUGGCUACAUGUGGGGCAACAGGGACACUGGUGAUACUCCAGCUCCAGACCUAAGAUCAGAUAUUUCAAAAUAUGAGUCCUCAUACUUUGAACAGACUCCUCCUCGACCAUCAGAUACAGACAGUGUUUCCAGAUACCUCCCUGAAACCCCCCACAUGAGAGUAGAGCCAAAGGAAGUGCGGAAGCCAGAAGGGAAGACUUUUGAUUUAGGCUCCACCCCCAGAGUUCCAGAUAUACAGGGAGACCCGAACUGUAAAGUUGACAUCGCCUUCCUCAUGGAUGGCAGCUGGAGCAUCGGAAAACGUCGUUUUAAGAUCCAGAAAGACUUCCUGGCUGAGGUUUCCCAAGUCAUCAAUGCAGGCAUAAAUGGUCCAAUGAUGGGGAUUAUCCAGUACGGGGAUGAGCCAGUGACUGAGUUCGGUUUGCGCCAGUUCUACAACUCCAAAGAACUCAAGCCUGCCAUUGACAAGAUUGCUCAGAAAGGCGGGCUCUCCAAUGUGGGGAAAGCCCUCUCUUACAUCAACAAGCAUUUCUUCAGUGAUGCUAAUGGAAACCGAGGUGGGGCACCUAAUGUUGCUGUGGUGCUGGUGGAUGGCUGGCCUACAGACAAAGUAGAGGAAGCUUCAAGACUAGCAAGGGAAUCAGGCAUCAACAUCUUUUUUGUUACCAUUGAGGGUCCAGAUGAUAGCGAGAAGCACAAUGUGGUUGAGGCCAAUUUUGUGGAUAAGGCUGUGUGCAGGACCAAUGGAUUUUUCUCUCUACCUGUGAACAGCUGGUUUGCUCUGCGUAAAGCAGCACAGCCUCUGGUGAAACGCGUGUGUGACACAGACCGGCUUGUGUGCAGUAAGACAUGCCUGAAUGCCAACGACAUAGCUUUCAUCAUCGACGGUUCGAGCAGCGUAGGUACCGGCAACUUCCGUACGGUGCUGCAGUUCGUGGCCAACGUGACCCGUGAGUUCGAGAUCUCUGACACGGAUACACGCAUUGGUGCUGUGCAAUACACUUAUGAGCAGCGACUCGAGUUUGCCUUUGGCCAGCAUAACACCAAGGCUGAUGUCCUAAAUGCCAUUCGUCAUAUUAAUUACUGGAGUGGUGGUACGAGUACGGGUGCUGCCAUCACUUAUGCUGCUGAGAAGCUCUUCAGCAAGUCCAAGCCAAACAAGCGUAAGAUCAUGAUUGUCAUCACGGACGGGCGUUCCUACGACGAUGUGCGUGCACCUGCUCUGGCAGUACAUCGCUCAGGUGUAAUUGCUUACUCCAUCGGCAUUGCCUGGGCUGCACAGGAUGAGCUUGAGUACAUCGCCACAGACCCAGACAAAGAUCACUCCUUCUUUGUGGAUGAGUUCGACAACCUCUACAAGUAUGUGCCCAAGAUCAUACAAAACAUCUGCAACGAGUUUAACUCACAGCCACGGAAUUAAGCCAGACAUGGACCAAUCGGUUUGGAUCAUCUAGAAGCCUGAAUUCCACCAGACGUGAUAUAUGAUGGUACAUGCAAUAGUUUUAAACACCGAUAAGACCUGAUUUUUGGUUUUGAAGUGGUUCCUGCAUUUUGGAGCUUUUUUAUAGCACAAACAUUUGGCACAGGUCUUGAAAAGCAAGCUUCUAUGUUAAAGUACAUAACAAUAAGCCAUGCAACGAAGUCAGUUGAUGUGAGGGGAUGUUAGGAUGUGGUUGCUGGAUAACAUACGAUAGAUUAUAUAUUUAAAAAUAACUUGAUGCUACACCUCUAUGAUAAAGGCAUACAAUAAAAGAUUUGCUAGCUUCAUAUACAUAGAUCAUUUCUGCAAACAAGUUACAUAUACAAGAUUCUUGUCAUAAAUUUGACAUAAUGAAAAGUCUUGAGAUCUGAGGUUUAAAAUGUAAGUAUGGGUUUUUGAAAGUUAUUUUUGUAUUAUGUUGUGGCUCUUUCACAUGUCUUAUCGAUGUUUCUGUGUUCAAUGCAGUUGCUGGAUUUUAAUACUUAAUGCAUGUUAAAGCUGAGCUUCAGGAUACAUUUCUAAGCACAACAUCAACUCGACUAAAAUCGAUAAGCAUUUGAUUGAGUGAAGCUAAAUGAUUGAAUUCUAACAUUUCUCAUUUUACCUGUGUGAACGUACAUUGCUCAAUCUUGUAAUUCAAGCAUAUAAUAUCAUUUUUGUUUUAUUUCAUCUAAAGAUUUUUACUUUUUACAUCUCUGUAAUAUUUGUUUUAUUUGUACAUAUGCAUAUUAAAAUGAGGCCCAUUGCUUUUGACUAUGUAAGUGGCAAGAAAUUUGUAUUUUAAUGCAAUUUUUAAUAAAAUAUGAUACUGAAAA